AUGGAACUUUACCAGUUUCUCGGCUAUACGAAAUUCCUUUUCACUUGGACCACGAUGACAAAAACUGUGAAGAAAGUGUUGGACUACUAUGUGGAGAAGGGUAUUGCUGAACUUCGACCCUAUCCAUUGGUGCCAUAUACGGAUACAGUACGAACUUUUGUUUACCUUGAAGAUGAGAAGUUUCUCAGAAAUAAGGAUAUUUCUCUAUAUGAAUGGAUGGAAGAAAAAGUAAAGAACAACUCAAAAAUAGGUGCAUUUUCAAUCAGACAUUUUGGUCUCCAGAUGAAUCCGAUGCUCAUUCCAAAGCCAUUCAAUUAUGAAGAAUUCUUGAAAUUUGAUGGUUUGCGAGGGCCGACCAUCUUUAAUAAUGAUCGGUCGCCUAAAGCUAUUUUCCUCACAGAAUUCACCCGCCAACCACACACUCACUGGAUUUUGAAGCACUUUAAGCAGAAACACUCUCAUUCGGCGAGCGUCGAUGAAAUUGUUUAUCUACACGCAAGGGCUAGCUUUGCAGGAGCGAAAUUGAGUAAAAAGUCGCUGAACGGCACUCAAAAUCUGAUGCCAGAUGUGGAUUUAUUGGGAAAGGAUGUCGAGGAAAAGCUGCAAAAAAUUCGCGAUGUAACAAAAGAAAUUUUCGGCGAAAACCCGCCGCCUUUCUCUCGUGAAACUUCAGAAGCUAUGGCAAAAUGCACGGGAAAUUGGCUUCAAAAAUGGCGUUGUCGAAAGCCGUUGACCGGGUGCUUUGAUGUGGUGAAAUAUAUGGAGGAAUGGGUGUUCGCUAAACCGUCGGAAGAGAAUGGAUGGACAAUUCUU